AUGGCGGCCGAAAAAGUCCUUAGUGAGAUCACGACCCCGGGGCCAGCGCCAAGCCCCGGCCCGCCAAUAUGGCACAAGUUUCUGGCGUCUGCCGAAACCGAACCCGAAAGCCUUGCUCUCGUGGCGAUGCAUCAGCGUGCCGACCUCUAUGGGUUUCCAAGUCUGCCCGACGAGGAGGAAGUGGUAUUGGGCCAGAGGUCUCCACCCUACCUCCGCUGGUCGUAUGCAACCCUCAAAGAUGCCAUUGUACGCCUUGUAACAGGCUUGCAAAGCAUCGGCCUAGAUAGCGGCACGCCUAUCGUCAGCUUCCUACCGCUGGGUGCCGAGGGUGCGCUGGCCCUGUGGGCUGCGGAGGCACUGGACUGCAUUUGGAUCCCGCUGAAUACCCGAAGUCUUGCCAACUCGGCUGAAGUUACGCAUAUGGUCCGUACGGGCCUGAGCGUAGCUGGACCGGCCAAGAGGCCCGUCGUUCUAGUCGAAGAUGACCACGCGGCCAGAAAGGUCGAUGAUCUGGGCCUGGACGAGCUCGCGGGGGCAUACAAAUUUAUUGUCAACGAGCAGGGCGCAAGCCCAGGAUGGGCCGCGUUUGCGGAGCUGAUGGCAGAGAGGCAGCAUGAGCUCAACGAAGAAGUGUUGCAGCGCGGCGGACAUGAUUCGAGCUUUGUAGUCUUCACCUCCGGUACCACCAGCUUGCCCAAGGGCGUCCAUGCGACGCCGUUGACCCAUUUUGAGCGGUACCUUGAGGCCAUGUGGCUGUCGCCGCAGUUUGCCGGUCUGCCUCCACCCCGUGCUCUGUGUGCUGGCCCCACGAACCACGUACCGGGACGUUACCAACAGGUGUGGCCGUUGUGCAUGCGUGGCACCGCCGUGUAUGCAUCCCCUGUUUUUGACCUCGAGCGCACAGCCGAAGCACUGGUCAGGGAGAAGAUCACACAUGUGGCCCUCGUUCCGACCAUGGUCAUAGCGCUUGCCAACACGCUGACGCAACCAUUGAAAUACCUCCGAGAGGUUCGUGUGGGUAGCGCUGGAGUCCUGCCCGAGGUUGCGCGCAUGUGCAUUGACAAGUUGGGAGCUGAUCGGGUGCAAGUUGGUUACGGCAUGACCGAGGGGCUGUAUAUCUUCUCGGGCCUCCGACAUCUCGAAGAUCUUAUUGACGACGAAGACAUCGCAGUGGGGUGGCCUCAGCCGGAGGCCACGGUCAAGAUCUGCGAUCCCGAGACAGGCGAGACGGUGCCGCGCGGAGUGUCCGGGGUGGUCCACUACGCCGGUCCAACAGUGGCGCGCGAGUAUAUCGGCGGAAACCUGGCAGAUGUGUGUUAUCAGGACGCUGACGGGCGGCACUGGCUCAAUACCGGGGACGUCGGCAGGAUCGAUGCUCAUGACCGGCUCUUCCUCACGGGCCGACAUAAGGACAUGAUUAUCAGGGGAGGGGAAAACAUCUCCCCGGCUGCCAUAGAGGCCGCACUGAACACGGAUCCUGCUAUUGCGGCCUUGAGGCCUCAGGUGGUAGGCGCACUUGACGAUAUUGCUGGGCAAGUUCCCGUUGUCAUCAUCCUUGGGCCUGUUGACGGGAAAGUCAAAAAGGGGAUCCUGGAGCUUGUGCUGGCAAGGAUGGGCCCGUCCUAUCUUCCGGACGACGUUGUAUCCGUAGAAGAUCUAGGUCUCCGCGAAUACCCUCUCACUACGUCUGGCAAGAUUCAAAGGAAAGAGUUGGAGGCCCUGGUCCGUAAGCGGCGCCAGACUGUUGCCCUGGACAGCCAAACUCACGAUGUUGCCACCCUCGUCCGGCAGGUGUGGGCGAAAUCAAUUGGCCUGGACGCGUCCGAGCUGGAUGAAGAGGCGCCGAUCGCCAGUUUUGGCGACAGCAUUACACUCAUGCGUGUCCGAGCUGAGAUCAGGCGCGCGACAGGCACAGCUCCUUCGAUGGUUGAUAUUCUGAGCGCUGAGAGCAUCGCUGCAUUGGUCAAGCUCGUAGAGGCGCAGAAGCCUGUGGCAGGUGAUGUCGACACGACAUCCAAGCGCAAAGGGCCGCCCCAACCAGAGGACAUGGUUCACCUUUCGUUGGAUUCAGAUGGGAGCGAGCUCGAGCGCACCAAGGCUGUCGUUUCAGCGACUGUUGAAAAGCAUGGGUUCAGCUGGGACGACGUUGAGGAUGUUACUCCGGCCUACGACUUCUCCAGCAUACAGCGACGCGAAGAAGGAUACGAGACAUGGAAGUUCAUGUAUGGGUAUCUGAUCAAAGGUACGGACAAGGCGACAUUGCGUCGAGCCCUCGAGUCCACGUUGUCCCAUCACAGGAUCCUUGCAUCAUUUCUCGUUGAUGACGCCACACUGCUAGGUGGUAAAGACGUCUUGCACGUCAUCAUGCGCCAGUCACAGAGGUAUUUGGACCUGAUCAUCCAGGACUACGGCGAGAUCGCGACAGCGGACACGUUCCACACGCUGCUCUUGCAGACCCAGUGCGCCUCAUCCAACGGCCCCAUGGCGCAGUUUCGUUUGUAUACCAUCGCCUCCACUGGCGAAACGGCAUUGCUUGCCGCGAUCAAUCAUACCAUCAUGGACGGCUUCUCGGUGGACCUCUUCUUGGAAGACCUGGAUCAGGCUCUCAGCAACCCUCGGGCCCGUCCUCGCCGCGUGGACUACAAGGCCUGGGCCGACAACCACUACUCCUUGCGAAAUUCUCUCCCCGCGCAGACUUCAGUGGCGUUCCACGCCGCCCGUCUCGUGGAUGUCGCGGACCACCACGCCGCAGCCCUCUAUCCCCCCAUCUCAAGGGCCCGUGCCCGAGAGACGCGUGCCCGCGAUCGCGCUCACAAACCCUUACAGGCCAACUACCACACCGAGUGGAUCCCGCUCGGUCCGUUCGAGGUCAUCCGCCAGCGCCAUGGAAUACAGCCCUCGGUUGUGGUCAAGGCCGCCAUGGCGCUGUUCAACGCGCGCAAGACGGGUCAUACGCACGCGCUCUUCUCGUCCCUCGAGUCGAACCGCAGCCGCUUCUCCUCGUUUCUGCCCACCGGCGUGGCCGUCGCGCAGGAGGGGGCCGACGUGGCCGGCCCGACCUAUGUGCCUGUCAUUGACCUCGUGUCCGUCCCGCGUGACGAACCUGUAUCGUCCUUUGUGCGCCGACUGGCUGACGACGGCGUCCUCCUCACGAGACACGCAGCUGCGCCGUGGUAUGCACUCAGGGACGCCAUCGCACCCGAGGCUGGACCUCUGAUACCCGAAAUCGUUGCCGCGCAGGUCUUCAAUUGGCUGGGGCCCAUCGGAGGAGGCGGGGCUUUCGAGAAGAUAGAGCUGGUCGACGCCAUGGUCAGGCCCAAGAUUGGAGUACGCGUCAUGGCGGGGGAGAAUAGAGAGAGGGGGGAGAUAUUCUUAUGGGUGGAUGGGGACGGGUUCGGAACACUGAGCGAGUUCAAGUCCAUCACUGAAGCGGCCGCCCAGAUCGUGAGGUGGUUAGUCGACGAGGGCAACUGGGAAAAGCAAGUCGGUGACAUCAUUUGA